AUGUUUAAAUUAUAUUUAUUUAUAAUCUUUUCGAUAGUUUUAGUUUCAUUGACCAAUUCAUCACCAGUAUGUGUAUCAUUGGUUGGAAAGAGUGAUCUAUGUGGAUCAUUGCCCAAAAAGAUAUGUUCAUUUUCGGCUAGUUCAAUCGAUGCCUCUAUCGCAUUUAGUUCAAGUACAUUUGAAUCAGCAGUAUCAUCGUGGAAUGCUACUCAAGAUUGUCCAAUGAAUCCUAAAAUGGCAUACUACUCUACAAGUCAAUUCUGUAAAUUCAAUCAACCAUGUCAAACCAAUGACGAUUGUCAAUUGUUUUGUUACAAUCAUUGUAGUGAAUGUUUCCAAGAUUCAGUUUGUGAUCUAUCUGUAAAAGGUGGAAAUUAUGCUAAAAAGGGAGUUUCAAGUUGUUAUACUCCAGGUACUGGUGCUUCUACUUUAUUUGCUUCAACUACUCCACAACCAACUACUCCUCCAGUAGUUACCAAACCACCAACUACUCCACCAACUAUUCCACCAACUGUAACUAUUCCUCCAACCAAAUCAUCUACUACCUCUUCUACCACUGGAGCAAUUAAACCACCAUCGACCUCUACAACGACUACUUCUUCAACAACUGGAAAAUCAGAUCCAAUUGAAUCAUCAUCUGAAUCAAUAACCUCAGAUGAAAAAACCACAACUACUACUACUACAACUACAAAAGCACCAAAAGCACCAAAGAAUAAUGCUACAAGAACAACAUUGGAUCAAAUUCCAUUAUUUUCAGAGGAAAGUUUAACUGGUUCUUCAAAUGAUGAUUCAAGUGAUGCAAUCAAAAAUAAUAAUUAUCAACCAUUAUUAUUAUUAUCAAUAACUAUUGUAUUAUCUAUUUUAUUUUAA